AUGGAGCCCUUCCUCAGGACGCGGCUGACCUUCCUGGCUUUCUUCUGGGACAAGCUCUGGCCGGUGGGCCAGCCGGACGAUGGCCCACCCGGGUGCCCGGCCCCAGCUGCCGAGCCCGGCUGCCCCACGCCACCGCCGCAGCUGCUCCGUGUACUCCACGACUUCAGUGCACGGGACGCUGAGGAGCUGAGCGUCAGCCGAGGGGACAGGCUCUGCGGCCUCAGGGAGGAGGGCGACUACAUCCUGGCCCGCAGGCUCUCGGGCCGGCCCAGCACUGGGCUCGUGCCCGUCACCUGCGUAGCCGAGGCCACCCCUGAGACGCUCUCAGAUCAGCCCUGGUACUUCAGUGGGAUCAGCCGGGCCCAGGCCCAGCAGCUGCUCCUAUCCCCCGAAAAUGCACCAGGGGCCUUCCUCAUCCGGCCCAGCGAGAGCAGCCUUGGCAAUUACUCACUGUCAGUCCGCACCCGGGCCAAAGUCUGCCACUACCGCAUCUCCACGGUGGCUGACGGCAGCCUAUACCUGCAGAAGGGCCGGCUCUUCCCCAGCCUGGAGGAGCUGCUCGACUAUUACAAGGCAAACUGGAAGCUGAUCCGAAACCCACUGCUGCAGCCCUGCACACCCCAGAAGCCCCCGGGGCAGGACCAGUGGGAACGGCCACGCUCCGAGUUUGCCCUUCACAGGAAGCUGGGUGAAGGCUACUUCGGGGAGGUGUGGGAAGGCCUGUGGCUGGGCUCCGUGCCUGUGGCAGUCAAGGUCAUCAAAUCAGCCGACAUGAAGCUCGCCGACCUCGCCAAGGAGAUCCAGACGCUGAAGAGCCUGCAGCACCAGCGGCUCAUCCGGCUGCACGCAGUGUGCUCAGCAGGGGAGCCUGUGUACAUCGUCACGGAGCUCAUGAGCAAGGGCAGCCUGCAGGCCUACCUGGGCAGCCCUGCAGGCCAGGCCCUGAGCCUGCCUCUGCUGCUGAGCUUUGCCUGCCAGGUGGCCGAGGGCAUGGGCUACCUGGAGCAGCGGCGCAUUGUGCACCGGGACCUGGCUGCCAGGAAUGUGCUUGUGGGUGACAACCUCGCCUGCAAGGUGGCCGACUUUGGCCUGGCCAGGCUGCUCAAGGAUGACAUCUACUCCCCGAGCAGCGGCUCCAAGAUCCCUGUCAAGUGGACGGCGCCCGAAGCGGCCAAUUACCACAUCUUCUCUCAGAAGUCAGAUGCCUGGUCCUUCGGUGUGCUGCUCUAUGAGGUCUUCACCUACGGCCAGUGUCCCUACGAAGGAAUGACCAACCACGAGACACUGCAGCAGAUCGCUCGAGGGUACCGGCUGCCACGCCCGGCUGCCUGCCCUGCGGAGGUCUAUGCGCUCAUGCUGGAGUGCUGGAAGGGCAGCCCUGAGGAGCGGCCCACCUUUGCCAUGCUCCAGGAGAGGCUGGGUGCCGUGCACAGGCGCCUCCACCUCAGCCUCAUGUGA